GCCGCGCCACACGGGAGCCCGGCAGUUCGCGGAGCAGCCGCGCCGCGGCCGCUCCCUCCCCGCCCCGUUGCCGUCAAGCUACCGCCUCCUUCCCUUCCUCCUCCUUCCCUUCCUCCUCCUCUCCGGGCUCCCCCGCCCGACCUCCGCCGCUCGGCAGCCCGACCGCCGGAACCGAGCCAGCGGUGGCCGGUCCGGUUCGGGAGGAGCCGGGACCGGCCCCGAAAUCGGGCGAGGGGGCCGGGAUGCUGCUCUCGAAAAUUAACUCGUUGGCCCAUCUACGUUCCGGGACCGGUGGGGAGCUACACGCCGCCAAACUACAGCCAGGGAAGGAGAAGGAGCCGCUGGAGAAGCUCUACCAGGUGGGCCCGCUGCUGGGGAGCGGCGGGUUCGGUUCGGUUUACUCGGGUAUCCGCCUCUCCGACAGCACCCCGGUGGCCAUCAAGCACGUGGCUCGGGAACGCAUCUCCGAGUGGGGUGAGCUGCCCAGCGGCACCCGUGUGCCACUGGAGAUUGUGCUGCUGAACAAGGUGGGCUCCGGCUUCCACGGCGUCAUCCACCUCCUCGACUGGUUCGAGCUGCCCGACAGCUUCGUGCUGGUGCUGGAGCGUCCGGAGGCAUCACAGGACCUCUUCGACUUCAUCACGGAACGGGGGUCCCUGUCGGAGGAGCUGGCGAGGGGGCUUUUCCGCCAGGUGCUGGAGGCCGUGCGGCACUGCAACAACUGCGGCGUCCUGCACCGCGACAUCAAGGACGAGAACAUCAUCGUCGACCUCGCCACCGGUGAGCUCAAGCUCAUCGACUUCGGCUCCGGCACCUUCCUCAAGGACACAGUCUACACCGAAUUUGACGGAACACGGGUGUACAGCCCACCGGAGUGGAUCCGGUACCACCGCUACCACGGCCGUUCGGCGACAAUCUGGUCCCUGGGUGUGCUGCUCUACGACAUGGUCUGCGGGGAUGUCCCCUUUGAGCAGGAUGAGGACAUCAUCCAGGGCCAGCUCUUCUUCCGACGGCGGGUGUCUCUAGAGUGCCAGCAUCUCAUCAGGUGGUGUUUGUCCAUGCGCCCCUCAGACAGGCCAUCUUUGGAAGACAUUUUCAACCAUCCUUGGCUGCAAGGCAUUCACCUGCCUCAGGAGACAGCAGAGAUCCACCUGCACAGUUUGAUCCAGGAGCCUGGCAAGUAACAGCUCCACGCCUCUCCUGGCCAUAAGAAGCAAAGACGACCAGACUUCCUCGUGACCGUAGCACUGAGCAGGGAUCAUCAGAUGGGAACACGCACAUCUUGUCCUGGAGCUGGGCUGGAGACCUGGUCUUCCAAGUGCUGGUGGCCACCAUCCAACCCAGCUGUCCUGGACUCCGUCUGAAUGACCCUGCCUCAUUUGAAGUUUUGCCAGUAAAUUUUUUUUGGUUUUGGUUCUGGUUAUGGAAGCUUCCAAGUGUCUUCCUGACCUGCUGAAUUCGGGACCGCGAGAGGAUCGGAGACCUUAUUGCGAGAAAAGCUUCAACAGGGGAAGGCUGAUUGGGGUGGAGGGCAGGUACUGCGGCCAAAUGGCUGUCUCUUCUCCGCUGUCACCGUACUCGAGUGCCUUCAGUUGCUAUCUGGGCUGUGCUGGAGGAAAUACUUGAAUUUUCCUACACUGCUGCUUUUCCAAGACUUGCCUGGGUAUAUAGUUCCUUUUCCCUUUUCAAAAAGAAAACAGGUCAGAAGACACUUGGGAGCCAAACGGGCGAUGCCUCGCCUCCUGUGCCUUCGUUUCGCGUGGAUUUGCUGGUGUUCUUUGCUUCCCUGUGCCCUCAUGAAUGCACAAACAAUGCAAACCAACAGAGCUGUAAAUGUGUACAAAGUUAUAUAGGAGCAGAGUUUGAUGUACAGUUGUUAAUAGUGUUAACAUUUUACCUUUUUUCUUUUUUCCAGUUUUUGUUUUUAAUUUAUUUUCAUGAAUUUGUUGUUUUUUAAAGAAAGAGUUCUAGCUGGUAGGAUAACUUAUUUAUUUAUUUAUAAUUCAUGUGGGUUUCCAACCCACGCCUUGCUUCUACAGCUGCUGAUCCCCCGGUUUUCCAUUCGGGUCUUCCUUCCAUGUCUGUCCUGUGUCCAUCCCCGGGCCCAUAGUGUUUCUGUUGGAUGUCUGGUGGAGGUGCGGAGCGGCUGCCUGCUCCCCAGCUGUCUGUGUACAUAGUUCUGGUUGCUGUUGUUUCCUUGCCACGUGCAGAUCUCAGUUUGCAGAUGAGUUUUGGUUUUCUCCACGGGUGUCUUGUUUGGGGCUGGGGAGGGGGGAGCCGGCCCGGGCUGUCCGUGCUGUCGAGUCUUUACAUGUAACCAAGUGUGUAGCCGGCGGGUUUUUUGUUAAUAGUUAAUAUUGUACAGGGGAAUUCAGAAAUCUUAUUUUUUUUAUGCGGUUUUAAAUAAAAACAAACCACUUGAUGUGAUGGAGACAUCCCUUUGUUGCGGGGCGGGAUGAAGGAUGCUGCGAGCACGUGGGAUACUGGUGACCACACUGUGGCUACUGUGGGGACCGCCGGCUUGUCUCUAGCCAAGGCUAAUUCCAAAGGUCCCACCCAAAGGCUUGCCGAGCGGCAUUAACCAGGACCAGCCAGCCGAAAGCACCGCGGGGAUGGCUGGAUCCAUCCCUCUGCGGGGUGUUUCCAGCACCGACUGCUCCUGGCAGGUCUCCUGGGAGAGAUCAAAGGGGUGUGGAGCCCUUUUUGUUUCCAUUCAUCCGCAGGCUGGUGCGGAGCAUGUGCUGGGGAUGGCGAGUAAACAAACAUCAAAGCAACCUUACGAAACACCGGAUGUUGUCAGCCAAAUUAAAUUUUGGUAAGGCA